UACAGAUGAUGGAAAUGUUCUACACAAAUUGCAUGCAGACAAUUGUGCUCGCCACAAAGGAAGCAGAGUUGCAAGAGUUACGUAGACGGCAUGAGAAGGAUGAAGAGGUGGUACGACAUAAAGAAGAAUUGAUUAAUCAGCUUUCCCAGCGUUGCCAAGAGAGCACCAGUGCAAAAGAAGCCGUCAUCGCCAGCCACAUGGAAAAGCAAGGUGUUCAUCUGGAGGAGGAGGACAAAAAGAACUAUGCACGUGAUCUCGCUUCCAGCAGUGUUAUUUUGCGAGUCCUGAAGAUCAUCUGGAAGUAUGCCCGUCCUGGUGUAUUAAUGCUGCUUAAGAAGUUCCACCUCCCUAUUGCACCAAAUUAACGAAAUGUACAUUCAUUCCUAAUAAAAUAUACUUUA